AGAAGGAACUGUUUACCAAGUACAGUAUGACAGGUCACUAACAAUAGCACCAAUAGUAUCAUUGGUGGUGUAACCAUAAUAAUUUUAUGUUCUGGAAUCAAAGAGAAACUAACAAAGAUGUGUCAAUAAGACAGCGAAAGACAAAUUGAUGUUCCAGGAAGUCAAUAUUUGGUCAGUGAAAAUCCUAACAUUGGCUACACUGAUACUCUAUAUAAUUUUCUUCAAAUUUUUCAGUGUUGCAGCGACCUCAGUAAAAUAUGUACAUAUGCAUGUAUGUCAAUACUUUAUAAAAGGUUAAUGACCUUAAACAUUUGUGUUUGUGUAUAUACUUUAAUUUUCCGGGUAUCAUUGAAUACAUCAGCAACUUCUCAAGUUAUGUCCAGUGCAGGGUGGAAUGAGUGCUAAUUCAAAAACUUUCCAAUACAAUUUAGUUAAAGAACACUUCAUACAAGUGGCAGUCAGUUCCAUUUAGCUGAUUCACAUUACAGCGAGAGGGAAGGUGGAUUUGAGGGCCAUGUAGGUAUUGUCCAGGUGGGAGGGGGUUGGCAGGCACACGUGUAUAAAUGCCCCCAGCACUAUGUGAAAGCCCAGACGGACUGCAGACCUCAGUACAUCCUCACAACACCCAAAAACAAUCAACCAGCAAACCAUUGACUGCUUUUUAAUUCAAUUGGUUCUAUCAGUUCAAAAAUAUUUAAUGCUGACAUCUUCCACUGUAUAUUCUGAAUAAUGGAAAGUUGGAAACUACUGGCUGUGAUCAUCAGCAUGAUUGCCCUCGCCUACAGUGCUCAUGGACUGUCUUUUACUCUUGACAAGGAACACUGGAUUUCUAAGAACUGGGAGGAUGAACCUCUGGAGGAAAAAAUAACCAGUGAAGUGGACAGUCGAGUCAAGAGAUCCAAAGCACACCAGUUCUACGGACUCAUGGGCAAGCGCACCGACAUCCCUCAACCUAUGAGAGUGUCUCGCAGAAGAAAUAAAGGGGAAAUGUUUGUUGGACUGAUGGGCCGGAGAUCGUUAAGAGGAGAUACAUUCACAAGAAUAAUCCCAGCAGAGAUCAGUACAGCUAUCAACACAGCAAUGGAAUCGGACAAGGAAGCAGAUUUGCAAGAAUGGGACAAAAUUCAGUACUACUGACGGUCAAGAUGUUGAGUAAUUUCUUCUUUAUGGCUGGAGAAACAGUAUAAAAUAUAAAUAUUUGCUCAUUUUAAUAAACAGGCCCUUCUAAUAAGCAUCCUUAAAGACGUAUGAAUUAUGACCAACUUUUGA